GCUAGACCAAGAAGUAAAAAUACAAACUACGUCAUGUUAAACUUGUACAGAUUUAUAAUUUGUUCACGAAGAAGUGGUACACAACACGAAAAAUCUUUUUAUGAAAAAUUCCAUCAAGGUCCCUGAGCAUGGACCCCCGACGUAGUGCCCAGGAUGUGUUACGGUGUGAUCUCUGUGAGACCCCGGUCCCCCCUACAGAGUGUAUGUGCUGUGACAUUUGUGACAACUAUCUGUGUAGCCCAUGUGUAGGUAAGCAUCUCUCAGAUCUAUCCAAAGAACACAAAGUGGUGCCAUUUGAAAAGCGGGGAUCUACCACGAAAUGUCAAACACAUUCCUCAAAAAUAUGUGAACUUUUCUGUAAACAAUGCGAAAUUCCUAUUUGUGUUAAGUGUGUUUCUUCUAAAGAACACAUAGGUCAUGAAUUUAUUGACAUAGUGGAAACACUAGAAAACCAAAAAGAAAUCAUUCUCAAUGAUUUACAAGAACUAGAAAAAUCAAUCGAUCCUAAAUAUCAGGAGAUUGCAUCUAUCAUCCCGGUUCAGAAAGCUGAUCUGAAUGAAAACUCCAAGAAACUGACAAAAGCUAUCGAUAAACAUGGAGACGAUUUGCACAGAGAAAUAGACACCAUGAUCAAGAGACUGAAAUCAGAUCUUGAUGAAAUGGACUCCAAUUAUAUGACUGUACUAAAUAAACAGGAAAAUGAAAUCAAGCACACUAUUUCUGAAAUCAAACAGAGCAUUGCUGAUCUGAAGAAGUUACUAAACUCAAAUGAUGUCAGUCUCGUCUCUGCCUAUAAAUCCAGGAAUGAUGAAUUUAGAAGAUUGCCUCCUAAACUCACAGCUACCUUACCAAAAUUUACCCAUGAGAAAAUAAACAAAGAACAGCUUUAUCAACAGUUUGGUUCUCUGUCAGCGUUAUCUAUCAAAACAGACAAACAUGGAUACACAACGGCUGCUGAGUCCUCUCCCCCGAACAGACAGUUCAUUAAUGAACCACGGGUCAUCACAGAUAUAAAUACUGAGUUUGGAAAUGGUUUACGCCAUGUGUCCUGUCAGAUUGAUGACGAGAUUUGGAUGUGUGGUGAAGACAAAAUGAUGAGACUCUACAACUUGCAAGGCAAACUAGUGAAUUCAGUCCAAACCAAGUCAGGGAACAAUCCACAGGACAUAGCAGUGGCAAGGAGUGGGGAUCUAGUUUAUACUGAUGACGGAGAUAGAACUGUAAACAUAAUAAAGAAUACACAGAUACAGACAGUGAUCAGACUACAGGGGUGGAGACCUCUAAGUGUCUGUAGUACCUCCUCUGGUGAUAUCCUGGUUGUCGUUAUCAGUGAUAAUUAUAAACAAACAAAAGUUGUGCGUUACAUUGGCUCCAUGGAGAAACAAAGUAUUCAAUACAAUGACAAAGGACAGCCUCUCUAUUCAACACGUAUCCAUAAAUAUAUCUGUGAAAACAGAAACCUAGAUAUCUGUGUGUCAGACUAUUGGGCCCAUGCAGUAGUGGUGGUCAACCAGGCCGGGAAACUUCGCUUUACCUACACUGGUAAUAUCUCUAGUGCUACCUUGGGAUAUCCACGCCACAUCACUACAGACAGCCAGAGUCGCAUCUUAAUAGCAGGCAGCAACAACUGCAUCCACAUUCUGGAUCAGGACGGACAGUUCCUCCGCUACAUUGACAACUGUCAAUUACAUAAUCCAUGGGGCUUAUGUGUGGACUCCAGGGACAACCUCUUUGUGGCCGAGUUACACUCGGGUAAAGUGAAGAAAAUACAAUAUUACAAAUAAACCAUGUGUUACUGUCAACAUAGUUAGUGUGGUGGUGAUUAUAAAUGUGAUAAUUAAAUGAGCCUCUGAAAUUAUAUACUUAUAGUCUUGUAAAACAGAUGUAAACAAACUGACUGCAUAUUCAUAUUUGUGUACAAGUGAUAAAUGAAAGCGAAAUGUUUUUAUUCAUUGAAUGCAUUACAUUCAUUUAUACAUGUCUGCCGAUUGAAAUGAUUAAAUCAACUAAAUAAAAUUUGUUAAUACAUAUCUAAAAUGUAAACAGAUUAAAUUUAAU